AGCCCAGUGGCCGUCGGGACCUACUUAAUGCUUGCGCUGAGACCCAUCGCAAGGCCCUGCACUGCUACGUUCGGUUUCCUUCGGUGCAGGUGAUCCUAAGACCAAAAUGCCUCGGUUCGCCAACUUUUUCUCUAGUUCUAAAAGGACCUGGCCACAGCAGCUGCAGCACCAAAACCCAAAGCCAGACACUCCCGCUAAAUCUUCCACCUGCCCGCCCGAAACAGUGCCGACACGCACCGAGACGAUGGAGAGCAGGACAGCUGCGGCGGCCGAAGCUGCGGCGGCGGGCGUGACGCAGAAUGUCACGUCGCGCUACCUCAAAAAGGACGCUCUCCAAGCGCGCCUCGAGGAGCUGUUCCCCGGGCAGACCGAUUUCAACAUCCGGAUGAAGGACGACCAGUGGACUUUCACUGCGCCAGAACACGUGGACGAGUCCCAAAUUGAGUAAGGGCCCCAAAAGCUUCAAUCUUCAAAUAGAUCGGUCACAAUAGGCUUUUUACUGACGUAAUUCGAACCCA